AUGUCUGCGGUAAUCAGCAGUGUUAUCUUCCAGCUUCUCAAGAGGGAAGAGGAAGAAGGAGAUGGAGAGGGUCCCGAUACCUCCGAAAGGGAGAUUAAAUCAUCAUGGGCGUUAUUCAUCAUGAUUAUGCUACUCAUUACGGCACUAUUCACAAGCUAUAUGCUUCAGCAGAAGAAAGUGGAGGCGGUACAUGAGACGGUGAUAUCCAUAUUUGCUGGCAUGACGGUUGGCCUAAUCCUCAGGGUCAGCUCCGGCACUUCGAUACAAAAUCUAGUUACAUUCGAUUACCAGAUCUUCUUCAAUCUUCUCCUCCCACCGAUCAUCCUAGCUUCAGGAUAUGAGCUACAUCAGGCCAAUUUCUUUCGAAACAUCGGGACUAUCCUAACUUUCGCAUUCGCUGGAACCUUCAUAUCUGCCAUUGUACUUGGGGUAGUCCUCUGGGUGUACACUCGAAUCCCCAUCGAUGUCUUGGAUAUGACGUUCGUCGAUGCGAUAUCCGUGGGCGCUACUUUAUCCGCCACGGAUCCCGUCACCAUUCUCGCAAUUUUUAAUACCUACAAAGUCGAUCCAAAGCUAUACACGAUUAUUUUUGGCGAGGCUAUUCUCAAUGACGCUGUCGCUAUUGUGUUGUUUGAAACGGCACAGCAAUACAAAGAAGGCAGCGCUGCCGGAACCCUAGGUUUCGUUAAUCUGAUAGAAGGUAUUGGUAUCUUCUUGGCCGUUUUCUUCGGAAGUUUGUUAAUUGGAGUUGCCGUUGGAAUGUCGAUGGCUCUGACUUUGAAAUACACAUACGUCAGAAGGUUUCCGAAGAUUGAGAGCUGUCUGAUCGUUCUAGUCGCAUAUGCCAGCUAUUUCUUCUCAAAUGGCUUGCAUAUGUCUGGCAUUGUGACCCUCUUAUUCUGUGGAAUCACGCUGAAGCAUUAUGCAUACUACAACAUGUCUCGCCGAACUCAACUUACUACCAAGUACCUUUUUCAAGUCCUUGCACAAUUAUCUGAAAAUUUCAUCUUCAUCUACCUUGGUCUCUCUCUAUUUACGGAGAGCAAAUUGGAGUACAAGCCUCUCUUCAUUAUUGUAACUGUCAUUGGCAUUUGCAUUGCUCGAUGGGCGGCGGUUUUCCCACUCUCAAUGGCUAUCAAUUGGUUCAUUAGAUAUCGAUCGAAGCGCAAGGGUAAAGAUGUCGCAGAUGAGCUACCAUAUAACUACCAAGCCAUGUUAUUUUGGGCCGGGUUGCGAGGAGCCGUGGGCGUAGCUCUGGCAGCAGGCAUGACCGGCCAAAAUGCGUAUGCUUUGAAAGCCACGGUUUUGGUAGUAGUGGUGCUAACUGUCAUCAUUUUCGGUGGCACAACCGCUCGCAUGCUUGAGAUAUUGGGGAUUAGGACUGGGGUGGUUGAAGAAAUCGACAGUGACGAUGAAUUCGAUAUCGAAUCGCAUCCAGGAGGCUCUUACUACAAGAAUUCUGGAGCAAGCAUUGGCCACGCGCCAAAACGAAAUGUAUCAGUAGCUCUGCAAGGACUCCAAUCGAAUGGCAGUCAUCGUGGCCCUGAGAGGGGAAGCUACGCGAGUGGGAACUCCAGUCCACAUAACAGACCAUCAAGCCUGAGUAGGAAGGGUUCUCAGAGCGGAAGACGGGGUGACCACGAGAGCGAGCAGGAACUGCUUAGACCUGGAAGUGGAGAUGACUCGGACAUGGAUAGCGAUACAUCAGAUCUCCCUCCAGCCGUAAAGCGUUCACCAAGCGGGAGGACGACGGUUCCUGAGAGUGACAUCGAUUCUCCAUACCCAACCUCUGGGUCGUCUGCGAGGGACAAUGAUGCGCCAGCUCUUACCGCAUCCGGCGCCAUCAGCCAGCUCCUUCAUGGGACGGCUGAAGAUCAUGCUGCGUGGUUUAGACAGCUGGAUGAGGGAUUUAUCAAGCCGAAGCUGCUGCUUGAUGGCGGAAAAGGCCCUCACCAUGGUGGGCCUAGCGGGAGUUAA